CUGCACGCGCAUGAGCGUUGCAGUCGGUUUGCAGCGCGUACGACAUGAGCAUCGAAAGCUCACUAGAUAACAAUCAGUAUCGGUAUCGAACAUAAUGUGACCUAGCCUUAAUGAACUAAAUUAAAUUAAAUAACAAAUAUUUUUUUCUAUAUUUAUUUAUAAAAAAAUGUGAAGUGUUUUUCUUAAUUUACAAAAUAAAUAACAGUGUGUUUUAUGUAAUUUAUUGGCAGAAUUAUUACGAAAAAUGAAGUUUUAUUACAACAUAUAUUAAUGUAAUAAACAGGAUAUUACGAAAUGAAAUUCAUAGUUUUUUUUUGUUCAGUGUAAUAAAAAUGCAACCUUCCACUUGCUAGGCGAAGUGCAUAAUUCAUGUUUUUGAUUUUGGUUUUAUAUUCAAUCCUAUUUUUCACGAUCGCAUUGAAUUUCAAAUAUGUCUUUAUAAACGGUGAAUGUUUUUAUUUUUGUGGACUAUUUCCCGUUGUGUGUCUCGGAUGGGUGUUGUGUUUUGAGUCAAAAUUUUUGAGCUGCAUCGCUACAAUCUCGGAUAUGAGAAAACUAAGCAUCUUCACAAUGAGACUAGCAAGUCUGCUGGUCCUUCACGCAGCGGGAGCAGGUCUCGCAUCACCCACAGUCCUGGUCUCCAGACCUGUCGCCAAGGUUCCAGUGGAAUGGCUGCCGAUAGACAACCAAACCGUCUACAGGCUGGGUGAAGGGGAGAGUAAAAGCUUGGAGCUGAAUACUUCAUCUAUAUCCCAGACUAUAGUUUUCAUCACAAUCAGUCCGUGUUCCAGGGAUUUUCACUGGGCACUAUAUUAUGGAAAGGCUGGCAAUAAUAACGGCCAACUUAUACUCCAAAAAGAAAGCGCGAGCGGGGAAAUGAGCACAUUCUCGUUGAACAUAUCACAGCAUGACAAAUAUGUUAUGGUUUUAUCAACGACGCGAGGUGGUGCCGCUGUAGUCAGUGUUCGCGGUGAAGCUACAAGACAUGUGCGCAUGCGGCUUAGGGUGCGUUCGCGCAGAAGGCUGGCUGCUAAUUGGGAGCCUAGCCCAAUUGACCCUCAAGAAACCACAUACUGCGUAGUAGCAUCACACAGAAAGAACUACACGUCCCUCUGCGCAGCCCACCAUGACAUCAAAAUGAGUCGCUUGGAGAACAAAUCCAACAGGCUGAAUCAAGAAUUGGAUCGUAUCAAACAAAAUGAACGAUUAGACAAUGAAACACGUUUUGAUUUGAUUUCUGAAGUUGAUAACAAGAUCAAUGUGGAUUCAGACUUUUUCAAUGUCUAUGAAGGGAAUUUCAAUAAUGUCUUUAGAAGGAAGAAGUUUGGUCGCAGCACUAAAGUGACAGAUGAGGAUCCAGUAAUCGCUUGCGUUGGUGGGAGAACGCAUCAUUUGAUAGAAAACUUGGACCCGAGUACGACUUACUUCGUCAGCGUGUUCGGUGUAGCCAAGGACCGUCGCUCUGGGUCUUUACUAGCGAUGGGCAGCGUACGUCCACGCACAUCCACUGCGAAGCGACUUCGAGAAAACAUACCAACCAAAGCUGAUAUUAGAGGAAGAAGCGUAUUUUAUUUUAAGGCAACAGUCGGCGCUGGAGGUGGUCUCUGGUUGACUCUAUCUACCUGUGGAGGUGCAGUCGAUGUCGAAGUUCUGGUCAGGGGUAAAAGACUGCACAUGGUUAGAAAUAUAGACCCACACUCCAAAUUCUUCGUGCCAGCACCAAUCGCCACAUCUUCAAUCCAAGAGACGAGUGACGAAGGUUCUGUGCAGUUUGACUCCAGUUCCGAGGAAGCCAGAAUGAGAUACGUCAUCAAAGUGGUGCCUAGUAAAUGGGACAGAGAUGGUGCUGUGGGCAUUGAAUUAACAGCAUCAACAACUCGAUGGGGAAUGAACACUCCAGAACUGACUGAAGAUGGAGCCGUUGUCAGAGAACUGCGGCCUAUCAGAUCUUGUAGAUCCGUGGAUGUAGCUUUCUUGCCCGCCACGCAUAAUGCUACUGAUGUUAUCAGAUAUUGCAUCAUUGCCCGAGAGACGAUAAGUGGCGAGGCCUACGGAUGCUGGUCAACCAGGAAAGCAGUCAAGGGCCAAUGUGUCAACCACACACAGAAAUCAUCCAGAGUAAUAAAGCAGAAAAUUGGAGGACUAAAGGCUGGAAGGAAGUACGCGAUACAAGUGAUCGCUUCAAAUAAAGGAUAUUCGGUGCCUUACAAUACAUUGUAUGUAGACACUAAGGUUUCAUGCAAAGAGGAUUGAAUAUAGAGAUAAUUGUUUUGUUUGGCAAGAAGAAAUGUAUGUCAUUAAUUUAUCAAAAGUCCCUUUAAAUACAAAGUCCCAUUUCAAAAUGAUUAGAU